AAUGUUGUAAUUUUUGUUGCGCAUUUGGAUUUCUUUGCACAGAUCAUUGCGUUUGUUGAGCGACGUUUGUGUCAACUGUGAAAUUGUUCCUAAGGUUAAUUGUGUUUAUGGCUCACGGUGGAAAGUGAAUUUUAAGUGACGAUGACGCCACAACUUUUGAAGUGGGUUUAUAAUAAUAAAGUAGUUGUAAUAUUAGCAAUUACGACAUUUAGUUUUUUUGUGUGUACCGUUGCAUUAUCUACUCGCAAGCUGAAUACAGUUUGUAUACCGAUUGACAACGAAAGACAAAAUAUAUUUAAUAAAUCUUCAUACAUAUUUCCUCGUGUAAAUCCCCAUACAAAUGAUGAAAAAAAUAAUAUCAGACUUCCUAGGAAUGUGAGACCAUUAAAUUACACUUUGAGGUUUUGGCCUGAUUUGAAAGAGAAGAUUUAUCAAGGAAGCGUCACAAUAACAGUGGAUGUAAUGGAACCUGUUAAUCUUAUCGAAUUCCACGUAAAGGAUAUCAGGAUUAAAUUUAUUUCCACUAAAACAAUCAAAGGAGCAGAAGUCAUAUCCAACGCGACAAGAGAACUUCAGGACACGGAAAAGUAUCAAUUACAAUAUGUGGAUAAACUAUCUGCAGGAUUGUAUGAAUUAUUCAUAGAUUUUUCUGGACGACUUGACAAAGGAAUCGUCGGAAUGUAUGCAAGCACAAUGAAAAAUGGCGAUACUAUGGUGGCAAGUAAAUUUCAGCCAACAUAUGCUCGCCAGGCCUUCCCAUGUUUUGAUGAGCCUGAUUUUAAAGCUACAUAUGACAUAACCCUUGUGAAGCCAAUUGACUAUGUAGCUCUCUCAAACAUGAAUGAAAUUUCAAGGACCUUAGAUUCCAAAACAAACACAGAGGAAGUCACCUUUGCAACAAGUGUGCCUAUGUCUACAUACUUAGCAUGUUUUGUUAUAUGCAAUUUUGACUUCAAAGAAACGACAAUAAAUGCUAAUGGUAUAGGAAAAAAUUUCACGCUCAGGUCAUUUGCUCAAAAGGAUCAAACACAUAAAAUUGAUUUCGCUCAAGAUAUUGGGAAGAGAGUGACUGAGUUUUAUAUACAGUAUUAUGAAGUGCCAUUUCCACUGCCAAAACUUGACAUGAUUGCUAUUCCGGACUAUGUAUCGGGAGCAACUGAACAUUGGGGACUGAUCACUUAUAGAGAAACUUCCUUCCUAGUUGAUGUAACGAAAGCAUCAUCAAGGAACAAAAUCAAUGUAGCGAAUACCAUUGCUCAUGAAUUAGCUCAUAUGUGGUUCGGUAAUUUGGUAACUAUGAAAUGGUGGGAUGAAGUAUGGUUGAAUGAAGGUUUUGCAUCAUACAUGCAGGUUAAAGCAUUGAAUUUUAUUGAACCUUCUUGGACAAUGUUGGAUCAAUUUUUGACAAGGACUCUUCAUUCAGUUUUAGUAACUGAUGCUAAACUGUCAAGUCAUCCGAUUGUUCAAACAGUGGAGACACCAGAUCAAAUAACUGCUAUAUUUGACUCUAUUUCUUAUAACAAGGGAGCAUCUGUUUUGAGAAUGUUAGAAGGAUUUAUAGGAGAGGAAAACUUCCGUAAAGGUGUAUCAGAGUAUCUACAGAAAUAUAAAUUUGGAAAUACUGUGACACCAGAGCUAUUGAUGUGCUUAGAACCACACUUUAAAAAGGAUAGCUCAAACUUAAGUUUACAGUACAUAAUGGAUACCUGGACUAAACAAAUGGGUUAUCCACUUGUAAAUGUGAAACCAAAAGCAGGAAGUAAAAAUAUUUAUGUUUUAACACAAUCAAGAUUUCUUUUGGAUCCAAAUGCUUCUUAUAGUGAUGAUUCUGACUUUCACUACAAGUGGUUUAUUCCUAUCACUUAUACUACAAACAAAGGACAAAAUGAAAGUGUCAUGUGGUUCCCAGAUACUGCAGAAAGUGUUGAACUAACACUUUCUGAAGAAGAUGAAUGGAUAAAAAUCAACAACAAGCAAGUGGGAUACUAUCGAGUUAAUUACCCAAUAGAUAUGUGGGAAAAACUCAUGGAACAACUUCAAUCAAAAUCUGAAAAGCUUUCAAUAUCAGACAGAACACAUAUUUUAAAUGAUGCCUUCGCUUUAGCAGAGGCUGGUCACUUACCGUACGAUAUAGCUCUGAAUCUCACGACCUACCUCACAGGAGAAAAGGAUUAUGUGCCCUGGGAUAAUGCUGCUGCGAUAUUUAAUAAGUUGGCCGAUAGAUUAUUCAAUACAAAGGAUUAUGAUAAUUUAAAUGAAUAUGUCCAGCAUCUUGUCAAACGACUCUAUUUGGAGCAAAGUUGGGAAAAGACCGACUUGGGCGUUAUAGAAGGUCUCCUACGCACCAAAAUACUCGCUUUCGCCACUUCCUACGGUUUGCCGGACGCUGUUAAAACUGUGCGGGAAAUGUUCUUAGCUUGGCUCGACUCGUACGGUACUGCGAGUGCAAAGAACAUCGAGCCGGAAUUACGUGAUUUUGUAUAUGUACAAGGAAUGAGGAAUGCUUCAAUGGAAGAAUGGGAUAAGUUAUGGCGCAUUUAUCAAAUGGAGGAAGAUGUACAGGAACAAACCAAAAUUAGAACAGCAUUAAGCGCUCCAAAGAAUGUGGAUAUACUCAGGAAAUAUUUAGACCUAGCGUGGGACGAGAAAAACAUACGCAGUCAAGACUAUUUGAAUGUACUGAGUAUUAUAAGUUCGAACCCCCAUGGGACAGCGUUAGUUUGGAAUGAAGUUCGCACGAAUUGGCCACGGUUGGUCGACAGGUUCACUCUGAAUAGCAGAUAUCUGGGCAAUAUCAUACCUAGCAUUACCAGUUCGUUUAAUACGCAAGAAAGAUUGCAAGAGAUGGAGGCAUUCUUUGAAAAGUACCCAGAAGCGGGUGCCGGAGCUUCAGCGCGUAAAAGAGCGCUUGAAACUGUUCAAAAUAAUAUUAAAUGGUCUUCUCAGUAUAAAGAUGUUGUUGCGUCGUGGCUGGAGAAUCGUCUAAAAACAAUCGAAUAAUAUUUAUAUUUCUAUAAUAAUAUAGUACUUAAUACCUAAUAAAUAAAGUAUGAGUUUAAA